GACUUGGUUCAAUGGAACACCGCGUUUUAAGUUGCUUGCUGCGCUUGUGCUGGCUGACUAUGGCUGCUGCCAUGACGGAUGCAGACUCCUUGCGAUGUUUGGCUGAGCGCAUUCGCGCGGUUUCGAAAGCCUUGAAGCGGAAGAUCUGCGCAGCAGAGGCAGAGUCUGUGGCAACCCAACAUGCAACCCUGCUGACCUAUAUUUGGAGCGGAUACGACAUGGGUGCUGCGGCCAGCUUUCUACGCGGGAAGCGCAGCCCGGAGAGAACCACAGAAGAGCUGGAAGACGAGGUUACCGCCUUCUUUCUAACCACGCCCUCGCAGGAGCUGGGAACGAUGUCCAUGGAGCCUUCGGGCCCCAACGCAGCUCACGCGGCCCGGCGCGUCGUGGAGUGGCGUUUGUUCCUCUGGCUGCGCGAGCAAAACUGCAAGCGCGGCGUUGCGCCGUCCCGUCUGCAGCUUGUCCGGCGUGCGCUCUUGCAAGUGCCGGAGGGGCUCCCAGCAGAGCUUGAGGAGAGAGUUCGCCGACCUUUGGGCGGGGCUGCGAGGGCGCAGCGCAAGUGGCUGCGCCGCUUUCGCCGUGGUUGGGCGGCGAAGUUAGGCCAGUUGCCCAGUGCUCCGCCAGUCCCUGUGCAUCAGCUGCAAGAGAAGGCUUGGGCUUUGUUUUUCGGAGGAGAGGCUUGGCUGCAGGAGGAGUUGGCCAAGCUGAAGCAGAGCCGUGCGGAGUUGAGGAAGGCUGCCCGCCAGCUCUCCCGGGAUGACUUAAAGCUACUCCUGGAUGCGAAGGAGAAGCCGGAAGAGGGUGUGGAAGGCUUUCUGCUUUGGCUACCUGGCCGUCUGGCAGAGGCGCGAGGGGAGAUGCCCUUGAAGCUCGUGGAGAGCUUGCGCCACACCAGACCAGCGCCGGCGCUGGAGAGGGCGGUGAACCGGUACCAGAACAUUGUGUGCCACCGCUCCCGGGCAGAGCCGCAGAGAAUGCACGUUGCCAAGGGGAGGUCGCUGGUGGCAGGUCGUUUGCACAUGCACGUUUUCAUGGAGUUCAAGCAAGCUGUUGACUGGACUUCCUUGCAGUCUGUUUUGUUCCAGGGUGUGACUCCGCACGCGUCCCCGUGCACGGCGCGCGGGCCCAGCGUGCGGGACGCCUUGAACCGUGGCCAUUUCUAUGUCUUUGCAGACAAGCAGGGCACGUUAGAGGUGGCCACGUCGGGGUGGGUUCCUUGGAGUGAUUACAGCGUGAAAGGCUGGUGGAUCGACAACCUAUGGACAGAGCACAAGCUGCGCCACGAUGUUUACUUGGACUACGCGAGGACGCGAGCGGACCCGCGCAUUGUAAAUGGGGACCCGAAUGCGGACCCCGCGCCUGCAAAGGACCCGCAAGCUUUUGAGAACCCGUGCAAGAUUCGGGUCGGCUUCAGCGGGCGGCAACGGCAAGUGGAGUCUGUCAGAGCAUAUGAGUGCGCUGCAGCUUUUCAACAAAAACAGCAAGAGAUUGCUGGACGCCUGGAGCUGCUGAAGCGGCCGUUUCGCCCGGAUGUUCUGGAAGCCUUGAGGCCCUGGGCGAACCAAUACGCAGAGCUCAAGAUGCGCUACAAGUUCCUUGUCCUGCGCGGCGGGUCGCAGACUGGCAAGUCGACCUUGGCAAAAUCGCUCGGCGACGCUUUUGGGUGGCGGCCGCCUUAUGUCCAGACGGUUCAAAGUGCGCCGGCUCCCGACCUGAAGGAGUUUCAGCGGGAGGAGCGCGGUUACAUUUUGUUCGACAAGGUGAACCACAUGGACUUUGUGUUGAACGAGCGAGCUUUGUUCCAGUCCAACAAUGACAUCCAUACUCUGGGAAGCUCCCGAACGGGAAUCUACUCCUAUCCGGUGCUCUUGCGGCCAGCCUUUGUCCUGGAGAGAGCUGGCGGCUUCAAGGUGCUACCUUUCUACGCGGGAAGCGCAGCCCGGAGAGAACCUACAGAAGAGCUGGAAGACGAGGUUACCGCCUUCUUUCUAACCACGCCCUCGCAGGAGCUGGGAACGAUGUCCAUGGAGCCUUCGGGCCCCAACGCAGCUCACGCGGCCCGGCGCGUCGUGGAGUGGCGUUUGUUCCUCUGGCUGCGCGAGCAAAACUGCAAGCACGGCGUUGCGCCGUCCCGUCUGCAGCUUGUCCGGCAUGCGCUCUUGCAAGUGCCGGAGGGGCUCCCAGCAGAGCUUGAGGAGAGAGUUCGCCGACCUUUGGGAGGGGCUGCGAGGGCGCAGCGCAAGUGGCUGCGCCGCUUUCGCCGUGGUUGGGCGGCGAAGUUAGGCCAGUUGCCCAUUGCUCCGCCAGUCCCUGUGCAUCAGCUGCAAGAGAAGGCUUGGGCUUUGUUUUUCGGAGGAGAGGAGAUUGCGUAG